UAUUAUUUUUAUUAUUCAUUUGAUUAUUCGCCCUUGUUGCAGAGUCACAAGGACAAUCAAUCCCAAAACCAAACGUUUACUUGAUUAUUUUAUAACUCUUCCAGUUCCAGCCAAACUCAAACACCCAGCUGCGUAGAUUGUCCGAAUUGAUGUCAGUACGAGGUUACAAGAACUAGAUUGUCCAAUCCAGUUAAAAAAAAUGUCAUCUGCUUCAACCGCUACUGUUACUUCUUCUUCUACAGUACCUCCUCGUGUAGUAGAAGAGAAAACUGUGCAAGAAGAACUCUCUCUUCCAAUCUUACUUGCAGAUCGUGUCAUAAAAUCAGCCCAAGAAGCUGAAUCUUUAAGGCAAGACUGUUCUGACUUAGCGAAACAAGUUGACCGCCUUUCCCAAAUGCUCCGCUCUGCCGUCCGCCUUGCUGUUUCCAUCCCUUCCCUCUAUGACCGUCCUCUCCGCCGUAUCGCCUCCGACAUCACCAGGAAUCUUGACCGUGCGCUAACACUUGUCCGCAAAUGCAAGAAACAUAGCGGGGUACUUCGGCAAGUGUUUUCUAUUACCACAACUGCUGAUUUUCGUAAGGUUUCGAAUCUUUUAGAGUCUUCUAUUGGUGAUAUGAAAUGGCUGCUUUCGGUUUUUGAGUCUGAUGGUGGUGCUCAUUUGUCUUUGCCUCCUAUUGCUAGUAAUGAUCCUAUCCUUGCUUGGGUUUGGUCUUCUAUUUCUGCUGUUCAAAUGGGUCAAGUUAAGGAUCGUGUUGAUGCCGCCAAUCAACUCGCUUCGUUAGCGCGUGAUAAUGAUAGGAAUAAGAAGAUGAUUGUUGAAGAAGGUGGGAUUUUGCCUUUGUUGAAGUUGCUCAAGGAGGGUGCUUCUGCAGAGGCACAAAUUGCUGCUGCCACUGCACUUUCUAAUAUUGCAAGUGAUAGAGAAAGAGUUAGGUUGAUUGUUGAUGCACUUGGGAUUUCGAUGAUUGUUGGGGUUUUAGGGGAUUCACAAACGAAGGUUCAGAUUUCGGUGGCCAAUUUGGUGGCGAGAAUGGCGGCUUUGGAUGAUUAUGCACAGGAGGAGUUUAUGAGAUUGAAUGUGACUAGACCAUUGGUGUCUUUGUUGUCUAGUCAUUUGGAUUUGGAAAUAGCGAGUAAUAAUCCUGUUAAAACUAGUAUUCCCUCGCUUAUCGAAAUGAACAAAAAAUUAGCUUAUAAGAGUUUUAAGGCUAAUUAUAAUUCGGACAGUAGUAGUCAUGGUGGUUCACAUAGUAAUAAGGAGAGGGAAAUGGAGACACCAGAGAUGCAGCUUAAGCUUAAGGUUAGUUGUGCAGAGGCACUGUGGAAACUGUCAAGAGGGAGUGUGUCCAAUAGUAGGAAGAUUACGGAGACAAAAGGCUUGCUUUGCUUAGCGAAGAUUGUCGAGAGGGAAAAAGGGGAGCUGCAGUUUAAUUGUUUGAUGACCAUUACGGAGAUCACGGCAGUGGCAGAGUCCAAUGCUGAUCUUAGACGUGCAGCUUUCAAGACUAAUUUGCCUGCUGCAAAGGCAGUUUUGGAUCAGCUUUUAAGAGUAAUUCAAGAAGAAAGUGAUCCACAGUUGCAGAUUCCUGCUAUUAGGUCAAUUGGUUGCUUGGCUCGAACAUUUCCUGCGAGGGAGACUCGAAUAAUGGGGCCUUUGGUUUCUCAUCUUGGUAAUAGGAAUGUGGAAGUCGCUACAGAAGCUGCUAUUGCCUUGGGGAAAUUCGCAUCUCCGGAAAAUUUCAAUUGUUCCGAGCAUUCAAAAGCAAUUAUAGAGUUUGAUGGGGUUCCCCCUUUAAUGAAAUUACUACGGUCUGGUGAUCAGUCUCAACUGCAGGGACUUGUAUUAUUAUGUUACCUCGCAUUGAAUGCUGGGAACAGUAAGGCUCUUGAGCAAGCACGCGCUUUGAAUGCUCUUGAGGGGACAGCUCGUUCUGUUUUAGCCCAACAUCCUGAAUUGAAGGAUUUGUUUGCCAAGGCCAUACACCACCUCACUCUUUAUCAGGCUGGAGCUCCUCUCAAUAGACAAUCUUUGGCACCAUAAUGACUAUUGCCUAACUUUUCAUCCUUCUUUGAAGUUGCCCCUGCAUUAGGGUUGGUUUUUGUUUAUGCCUGGCAAUUUAAUAAGCUUGAGGUAAGCGACCUUUGUUUGAGUUGUCCAGAAUUGUGGUUGCCACAUCCUAAAGAUUUCUGCCUAGGUGUUUGUUGCUUUCUGCUAGACAGUAACUUCUACUUCCCUAGUUUCCACCUUUGUUUGAGUUUUCUGUGGGAUUGCUAUUCUGCUGUCGUAUCCAAUUGCCACAACCCAAACACAUCCUAAGAAUGCAUGCUAUUCUGUUGGUAAUGUUAUGGUCCCUGAUCCUUUAGAGGAUCUGAAUUCUUUACUUUUCCAUUUGAAUAGAUUUUUUUCAGAGUUGUGGAAUUGUAUUGUCAUGCUACGUGACAUUAAAGGUUGGUAAUAGCGAGGCUCUUGAGCAAUUGUGGACUUCAAAUUCUCUUAGAGGGGACAGCUCUUUCUGUAGCUCAACAAACAUGAUCACCUUACUCUUCAUUAGGCUGGAGCUCAUCCCAUAGACAGCCUUUCGCAACAUAAUGAAUUUCACUGUUUUUGCUGUCAAAACCAUUCAUCCUUGUCAGUGUUGUUAUUAUGUAUGCUAGACUGGAUUCAUAACUGUUCAGCAGGAUGGAUUGCCAAGUUUUUUUUUUUCUUGUGUGUUUUGUGCACAUGUUGUUCUCUCUUUGCAGCCAACGACCUUGUCGGGAAGCUCUGAAGAUGCCCCUAGCUACAAGCAUGAGGUAAAAAAUUCUUAGCUAUAGAUUUCGUUCAGAGUUGUUACUGAGAGGCUCAUAACAUCUUGAAUAUAGUUAGUGAUUCUGUGGUUGCAUUAUUAUUAGGAUGAACAUAUGUGAUACUAGCUUAUCAUGUCAGUAAAACAGCUACCAUACAGGUCUUCAUUCUGUUUUAGAAACUUGCAGCUUUCCUUUUGAAUUAACAGUUAUAAACAUAUAUCCUGUUAAUCCGUCUCCAGAUAACUGUUAUAGAAAUUGUAUCUUCAGACAUUUUAGGGGUUGAAACUAGCCUUUAUCAGGAUGAUCAUACAUUUCCAACAAAGAAUUAUUCUGUGUUAUGUUUUGAGUUCUCUGUGCUUGCCUAGAAAGAAUACUAUCAUUAUUUAUGCCAUGCAUAUUCUGACUCUCUGAGGCUGUUUUUUGUUUCCAUGUUUUCCCCAUGCUCUGGAGGUUUUUCAUCGAUCAGAUAAUUUUUUGAGAAGUUCUGAUUAAGUAAUUGAUUACCCGUUUUUCUUUUUCGUUUUUGGUUAUUGAGAAGAAGAUUCAAACUGAAUUUAAUGCGAAUUGGGGGAUAAAACAUGAUAUUCUUCUUUUGAACAUGUAUUUAUUUGAGCCGUUCCUCAUUUCCAAGGCA